UGCGGCAGCAUUGCUGUCUUCUGCAGCCGGCCGGGGGAGAGCAUCCGUCGAGUAGCCUGAGCAGUAGAAAAUAUCACGGAAUCGGAAUUAUCGUUACAUCCUGAAGCUGUGGUAACUAGUAACAUAGUUAGCUAGACCCACUGUGGCGGUUAUUGGUUCACGUGCUAAGAGCAGAAACGUAACGUUAUUCAUUUAGCGAGCAAACUGUCCAAAACCAAAAGGUUCAGUCAGCGAUUCGAUAUUCCCUCGUCUCUAAAGCUCCAAUGAGUGUACUUACAGCAGCACAGAAAGCAGACAACAACAGUGAAAUGCAGUCGCCUGCAGUGUCUCCUUCCUUCCUCCCCAGCCAGCCAGGAAAGAUUCCCGGCAGGAAGAGAGGGAGACCCCCACUUCAUCGCAAGAUGGAUUUUCCAACCCACUACCCAGAUUCCCUUCCUCCACUCAAAGUUCCCAAGAAGAGGGGGAGAAAGCCUGGCUUCAAGCUGAAGCCCAGGAUGGUGAUGACUCCCCUGGCCAUCUCUCCUCCCAGCAGCACCCCAGAACCAGACAUGAGCUCCAUCCCCCAGGAUGCUGCGACCAUCCCCCACUCUGCCACGCCCCAGGUUCUCACAGUGUGUAUCUACAUCAACAAGCAGGCCAACAUGGGUCCUAACCUGGAUAGGAAGAAGCUGCAGCAGCUCCCAGAUCAUUUUGGGCCUGACAGGCCUUCCGUGGUGCUGCAGCAGGCUGUCCAGGGGUGCAUCGACAGUGCCUUCCAGCAGAAAGCUGUGUUCACUCUCCUCACACAGGGCUAUGGAGGAGAGAAAAUAUCAGCCACCUUCGAUGGGAAGCAGCACCUUCUGAGUCUGCCUGUGGUCAACAGCGUUGGCUACGUGCUACGCUUCCUCAAGAAGCUCUGUCGCAGCUUGCACUGUGAAAACCUCUUCAGUGACCAACCAAUCACCCAGCAUAAUGCCUCCUACCAAUCAGAGGCUGAAACCUCCAUGCCAGAGGAGUACCUUCUGGACCCGUCAGACAAACGCUACUCAAUGGACCCAGGUGACUCCGCCUUUAGUGCCAUAAGCUCCUCCUACUCAUCCAAACCGUCCUAUGGGUUUCGCUCCUCGCAGCAAUUCCCCAACAGCUCCUCCCCCAUGGGCAUGUGUAGACAGACGUCUAGUCCAAAUACUUUCCUGGAAGGUAACAGGAUAGCGUACAAUCCAUCUCAGGACUCCCAGGAGUCCAAGGUGCCCCCUAGUAAGGACCCUUCCACCUGGAGUGUAGAGGACGUGGUGUGGUUCAUCAGAGAUGCUGACCCCCAGUCCCUGGGCCCUCAUGUGGACAUAUUCAGGAAGCAUGAGAUAGACGGCAACGCGUUGUUACUUCUAAAGAGUGAGAUGAUCAUGAAGUACCUAGGACUGAAGCUGGGGCCAGCCCUGAAGCUCUGCUAUCACAUCGACAAACUAAAACAAAACAAGUUCUGAAUCUGAACAUUUUUUUCACUCCAUCAAUCUGUGGGACCCAACUUUGUGGAUGCCUCCCAAAUGGCACCUUUAUAUAGUGCACUACUUUUGACCAGAGCACUAAGGGUCCUGGUCAAAAGUAGUACACUAUAUAGGAAAUAGGGUGCCAUUUGGGAUGCUAUAUUUUUUUCUAAUUAUUUAGCCUUUUCAGAUGUUAUGUAGCUAAAGAAAAAAAAAUAUUCUGACAGAAUACAAUGUUUUGGGAUAUUCUAGUUUUUAUGUUGAAAUAACUUUUUGGUUUAUACAGAUGACACAAUAUGCAAAUUCUGGAAUGCAUAACUGAUACACUGACAGACAAUAUUGGGAAAAGUAGACUAUACUACUUCGAGGAUACAGUUGUCCCAUAAAUGAGUUUAUUAAUGUACCUAUGUGCCCAAAGCAUAUAGCAAGUCACAUUUAUGAUCUGUUGAGAAGUGUGAAUUAUUUUAGAUAAACUAUUAUUUAUACUUGGUCUUCUAAAAACUUUGUUACGGCCCCACAAAUGUGUGAUAAAAACAUAAAAAUGGUCCCAUAUACCCUCACAAAAGUGAUUUGAAUGUGUCAUAGGCUACAGACACAGUUCCACAUAUGGUUUUGCAAGUUCUAUACACAUCAAUGUAAACUCAUAUUGUGAAGCAUGUGAUUAGAAACAGGAAUUUAAGCCCAUGUUAAACAUUUUUAAACUGUUUUGUUUUUUACACCAAAUAAUGUAAACUAAACUCAGUGCAGAAAUACAAAUGCCUUUGCAUAUUGUUUUACAUAUUAUUUUGAUAAAAUUGUCAACAAAAAAAACAUGUUUAUGCUCAAAUACAUGACAAUGAGCCAUUUCUAGUUGAAUAUACCAGAUUGUCAAAUAAUUAUCUUCGCCAGACACCUCACAAAUUCAUUGAAACUUGAUUGUGUGAGUAUUUACUAUAUAAAUGUUUUACUACGUUAUCAUUCUUGAAACAGAGUUGGAGAGCAUAAGGGAUGACAACACUCACCGGGAAAAAUGUCUAAGGACCUACAAUAUUGGGUUAUGAGGCCAUAUAGCAUUGCUUGUCUGUGCCAGUUUGGCAGUAUGUGUACAUUUUAGUAACCAGUGUAUGUGAAUGCUGCUGUAUAUGAUUACAUGUUAGCCAUGCCAAGUCAAAUCAAGCUGGGACGAUGUCUUUUAUUUUGAAAAUCAUAUUGGAAAGAUAUACUGUAAGUCAGAGAAUAACCAAUGUAUGGAUGAGUUUAUUUGUACUGGUGCUAAAGAAAUUCUCAAUGUAUUGAAUAUCUCAUGUUUGCUUUUGUGUUGUGAGUUUUAAAUGGAAAACACUCAAUGUGUGUAUAUAACCUGGCUGUGUAUCCUAAGUAUUAAAUUAAGAAAAUAUUAAGGAAACAA